AUGGCUCGCUGGCUAGCAUCUGCAGCAUUGCUCGCUGCGGCAGCUUCCUCGCUCGCCCGUGCGGCCAUUGUCGUCCGGGACGGCAAGCUCUCGCUCAUCGACGCAGUCGGCGCAUCCGCCGUCGCAACAACAGCCUUCACGUCCGACUCGCCAUCACCGCUCCCCGCCCGCCAGCUCAGCCCCACAGACGCCCUCAAGCUGUCCUUCACCGUCCUGAACGACUCUGCGCCAUUCGCACCGCAGCAAGCUGCUGUUCUCGUCCAGCCGGUGAACGAGGAGGAGCGCAAGCAGCCGGGGCGGGAUUGGACGAGCUGGGUCAAGGUCAGGCAGAACUCGGGCAAGGCGCGAUGGGACUUGGACCUCUCUCGCGCGGACCCGUCUCUUCUGUCCCUCUCUUCCGGUCCUCUCUCAUUCACCCUCAUCCUCGGCCACCCCUACGUCGCCCCGCUCUCCCUCCCGCUCGGCACCUUUACCCUCCCCUCCUCGCUCGUCCUUCCCUUCCCUUUCCCUCCCGACGAGGACCUCCCGAAGCACUGGGAGGUCGAGCGGUACAAGCCCAUGCCCGAGAUUCAGUGGACGUUCCGCGAGGGCGAGAAGAAGGUCAACAAGGUUCUCGCGCUCGGAGGGACUGCGGUCGUCCUCGCGCCGUGGCUUGUUCUCCUCGUAGCCUUCCGCUACAUCCUCCCCUCGCUCCACCUGUCCUCGUCGCCCCUCAUCCUCACCUUCCUCGCCUCCCUCACAGCCCUCGAGCUCCUCUUCAUCGUCUACUGGGUCCGACUGCGCCUCAUCCCGACUCUCCCAAUCUUCCUCGGACUCGGCGCCUGGAACGCGUGGAUCGGAAGGCGGGCGCUCGGAGAGGUGCGCAGGAGGAGGAUCGCGAGGGAGGAGAAGGAGGCGGGGAAGAAGGUCGAGUAG